AUGCCCAGAAAAGAAAGGGAAAGGGGAGCCCAUCAAAGGGAGCCUAAAGGGCGAAAGCAGAGAAAAGCCCCGUCUGAGGGCAAAGAGAGGCUGCCUGAGGAUAAACCAGAGGCGAACCAACUGAAGACAGAGCAGGAGAAAGAGGUCAAGCUGAAAUCCACUGUGGUGGACAUUGAUAGUGUCCGAGAAAAGGAGGAGAGCCUGGCGCUGCUGGAAGCAGCAGAGCAGGAAGAUGGUCUGAAGAACAAAAACCUUGGAGUAUUCGAGUGGCUGCUGAUGGUCUUUGCUUUGGCUUUGGUUCUCCUCUUCUUCCCUUUUUCCAUCUGGUUCUGUGUCAAAGUUGUGAGGGAGCACGAGAGAGCUGUGAUCUUCAGACUCGGUCACCGACUGCAAGGGAAACCCAAAGGGCCAGGGCUGCUUUUUUACCUCCCAUUUCUUGAUGUGUGUCACAAAGUUGACAUCCGACUCCGAAUGUUGAAGGUUCCUCUUCAUACGGUGGUGACAAAGGACUUGGCCCGUCCAGAGCUGAGUGUGGUCUGCUACUACCAAAUCGAGAAUGUGGCUCUCUGCAGCGCGGCUCUGUCCAGUCUGACCUCUGUGCUGCAGAGCGUAGUGCAGGCAGCAGUCAGAGACGUUCUGGCCCAACACUCUUUCAGCCACAUCCUGCUGCACCGGCGGAGGAUCGGGGAGAAGAUAAAAGCAGGAGUCGACUCUGUUGCCUGUCGUUGGGGCAUCAGGAUGGAGAGAGCUGACAUAGAUGAACUUUUUCUUCCUGUGGAGUUACAGCAAACUCUCGCUACAGAGGCAGAAGCAAAAAGACAGCAGCAAAUCAGAGUGAGUUCCUGUAAUGGGUUCCAAUAA